CUUGUUUACUUUCAUCAUCUUAUUCCCGCUUUCCCUCUCUUUCUUUUCUCUUCUUUCCGUAUCUUUUUUACAGCAGUUUCCCUCUCACUUCCUCCCUUAUCCCAUGACUCCCAUCUCCCUCACCCGUGACUCCUACUACCCUUCUCUUCUUCUUCUUCUUCUCCUUCCAAACUUCUCCCUGUUUCUCUCAUGAAUCUCUCUUUCACCUCCUUUCCUUCCCUCCAUUACGAAAUUUACAGCCAUCUCCACCUCUACCAACACCACCACCAUCAUCAUCGUCAUCAUCAUCGCUGCUGUUCAUCAUGCUGUCCCCACAAGCUGUCCACAACGGCGAGACGCCUUCCCCUCACCACCGAAUCCUUACCCCUCAGUUUCACUCCACUGUAACCCUCCGUAAACUCAGACGAUUCAACUCACUGAUUCUCGUAUUCCGGCUCGCCGCUUUCGCUUUCUCACUCGCUUCCUCCGUUUUCAUGGUCACUAACUCUCGCGGCUCAGAUUCUCCUCAUUGGUUCGAUUUUGACGCUUUCAGAUUCGUUUUCGCCGCAAACGCAAUCGUGGCGUUGUAUUCGCUUUUCGAAAUGGGCGUUUCCGUUUGGGAGAUCUCCACGGGAGCCACUCUCUUCCCCGAAAUCCUCCAAGUUUGGUUCGACUUUGGCCACGACCAGGUGUUCGCAUAUUUAUUACUGUCGGCCGAUUCGGCGGGAACGGCGUUGGCGAAGACGUUAAAAGGGACGGACACAUGUAAGGCAUCGAACUCGUUUUGCGUACAAUCCGACAUCUCCGUGGCGUUGGGUUUCGCCGGGUUUAUGUUUCUCGGGUUUUCGUCUCUGCUAUCGGGUUUUCGGGUCGUCUGUUACAUAAUCAACGGCUCUCGUUUCCAUCUGUAGAUUUUAGAAGAGAGAGAGGGAAAAGAAAGAAUACUUUUGCGUGCGUGAAGUUGUAGGGCUUUUACUGUGUACGGUACGCUAUGAUUUGUUUUUUUUUCUUCAUCUUUUGGGUAUUUAUAUGGCAUGGUGACGAGAGGUGAUUCGCUGAUUUGCGUUUUAGUAAAGUGGCCCCAAUGGACUGAUUUGUACAUGGGGGCUUGUUGUAUUCUUUAUUUAAUUUAUUGCUAGCUAAGGUUUAAGUAGGAUUUA